UGUUGAGUCCGCUGAAUGUGGCCGUUAGUCAACACACCUUCGUCCCUUCAAAGAGCCCUUUGCGUUCUUUACUGCGAGUACUUUAUUCAGAUAUCCAUUUAGCCCAAUUUAGUCUCUAUCGAUUGAAUUUACUGAAUUUUACUACAGUGAAACGUAUUUAUAGCUUAUCAAGAUGCAGGUGCCGCCCAUUUUUAUGGAAUUGCCAUUAGACGACCAGGCGCAAGAACUAAGGGUAUAUUUUAAAAGCCUUGGUGCAGAAAUUAGCGAAGAGAAAUCCCCCAAAGGUAUAGAAGAUGAUUUGCACAAGAUCAUUGGAGUAUGUGAAGCAUGUUUCAAGGAAGGAAACGAAAAUGAAAUAGAAACUGUAUUGAAUGAUAUUGUUUCUAUCAUGAUAUUGAUACCGACGGAACGAGCUGAAAAUUUAAUUUUGGCAUUUUGUGAGAAACUUGUAAAAGCACCUGGAUAUAAGCUUGGAUUGGUUUGCUUAAAAGCGUUAUGGCUGUUAUUCCAAUCUCUUGCCGAUGAUUCUCCAAUGAGAUAUCAUGUUUAUUAUCAUUUGGUGCAAAUAGCCCGCAAUGUCGACCAAGUAAAAGCUGUGUACAGUGGAAUAGAUCAAUUGAAACAACAGUUUGCCUCCUUUCCACCAUCAAAUGAACAAAUGCAGAAAUUACUACGUUUGUUACAUGAAGUUCUUUUAAGUUGCAAACAAGGAGAACAAGCAGCAGCUGUCAUGGUGGAAUUGUUGGGAACUUAUACAGCGGAAAAUGCUUCCGCGGCGAGAGAAGAUGCACAACGUUGUAUAUUAGCUGCAUUAGCGGAUCCUAAUACGUUUUUACUGGAUCCACUAUUGGCUUUAAAACCUGUGAGAUUUUUAGAAGGCGAAUUGAUACAUGAUUUACUACUUGUAUUUGUACAAGAUAAAUUACCAGCAUAUUUACAUUUUUAUCAACAUCACAGAGAAUUUGUUGAGCAUCAACUUGGAUUGAAUCACGAGCAAAACAUGAAGAAGAUGAGGCUAUUGACUUUUAUGCAACUUGCAGAAACAAAUCCAGAAAUGUCUUUUGAUACGAUACAAGAAGAAUUACAGAUUAGUGAAUCUGAAGUAGAAAGCUUUAUAAUUGAUGUUUUAAAAACUAAACUUGUAAGGGCGCGCAUGGAUCAGGCUGGCCGCAAAGUAUUAAUUUCUAGUACAAUGCACAGAACAUUUGGUCGUCCACAAUGGAUGCAAUUGCGAGAUCUACUUGUGUCAUGGAAAGCUAAUCUCUCAGCCGUACAAGAUGGCAUGAAGACUGUAGCUGCUGCGCAAAUCGAACUUGCAGCAAAAAAUAAAGCUACUCUUGCUCACUGACAGUAUCGAAAAAUUCCACAGAUUUUAUUUUGAGAAAAAUAAGGAAAAAUAUGGAAAAAUCAAAUUUCCUUAAAUGACUCUAUUUGUUAAUACACUUACAAAGAGUAUUAUAUAAAGCAUUUUGUCUACAACAAUCGUUAAAAAAAUAUAUAAAAGAUGGAAGAUAAUGCGACAAAUAUGGAAUAACAUAAAGAUGACACUAAUGUGACAAUUAAAGAGAUGUGCUAUUAUUGCUACAUGCUGCAGAAAAACGUCUAAAUUGCUACAAUUUCAAUAAAUUCAAACUCUUGA